AUGAAGAUCUUGCUUGUGAACCCCAAUAGCUCGGAGAAAGUCUCCCAUAACAUGAGGAGUGUUUUGACUCCACCACAGGGAGUUGAGUUGCAAAUAUACACUGCUCCGGAUCUGGCUCCCCGUGAAAUAACUGGUGUUGAAACAUCCAAGAAAUCGGAAUCGGUCGUAUUGGAGGAUAUAAAGUCACGCAAUAUUGCAGCUCUGUACGAUGGGUUUAUAGUAUGCUGCUACUCAGAUCACCCAUUGAUAAAAAGUUUAGCAGCCUUGAGCGGAAAGCCAGUAAUCGGAAUCAUGCAAGCAACCCUUUUAUAUGCUCUUCUGAAUCCCAAUCUUCAAAAGCUGUUCAUUCUCACAAGUACUAGUGGAUGGGAGCCAAUCCUUGAUCAGGGAAUUAUCGACUUUCUAGGAGUUGAUGAGUUUCCGACUAAGAAGUUUCAGAGAACGAUAGGGUUGGAUAUUGCUGUCACAAAUCUAGCGAAUGAGGAGGAAUAUAGUAAAAUCAGGGAGAAAGCCACUCACAUUUUAAAGACUCAAUACAAGGCGGACAACAUUGAUUGUGUUUUGUUGGGAUGUGCUGGUAUGGCGGGAUUAAAUAAAAAAUUGUCUUCAGACUUUCCCGGAGUAUUAUUCAUAGACAGUGUUGAGAUUGCGUUGGAGUUACUAAUAGGGCUUGUCCGGUUCUCCAAUCAUACUUAG